UUUGUGCUGAACGCUUGCUGAAUACGACCGGCAUAUUGGCAGUUGACUAGGAAACUCCAACACCAGUAGUGGCAGAUUUUUCGUGUUUUGUACAAAUUGAUAACAAAUGCAAGCACGUGCUGUUUUGUUUGUUUUUGUUUCGCGCUGUCAACAUAUUCAGCACCUGCCAACGAACAAGUGGAAAAGCAACACAGCGACAGAAAGAAAACAACGUAAACAAGUCAAACGUUUGUUCAAGAAAUAAUGCAAAAGGAGGAAACGAAAAAGUGGGGCGCCACGAUAUGACGUAAAUAUUCCGCCACCUAUUUGUACGCUUUGAUCGUGAUCGAGUUACGCACACAUUCUGGUGGUCGUUAAAUUGGUGCCAGGAAGGUGAGAAUUGCGCCUUCAAGCUCAUCUACUUUCCGGUUUGAGGACAUUACCGAUACCAGCGGGGCAUGAAAAAUGCUUUAACGUAGCGUCGAUUAAAAACUCCUUAGUGAUCAUUAGUGCAGUUCGAUAGAAAUCGGGACCAACAAAACUAGCAUCGGAGAGAGAGAAAGCGCCAUUGGUGUCGUGUUUAUUUUUAAUUUCAUAAAGUUCUUUUCGCACCCUCUCUAAGUGUUGUAUUUGUUGUUAUGUUGUGAACAGUGUCCGAGGCAUGGGUUUAGAUGUGGUGUAUGCACCUACGUUCUAAAACCUGAUAAAUGGCUAGGUUAAGAUAACGAACUAGAGCAAGUUGGGAGUGUGGCAGCAGAGUUAAGCAACACACACAAGGUGUGAACUAAUCCGCAACGAAAACACACCGCACGCAACGUACCACGAUCUCGCUGGUUACUUUGAUAAGCCUUAAACGCGAACGGAAGGAAAGGUUACCGUUUAUACACCAUCGCCGAUCGAUUGGGACUUGGCAAAAUGAGCGUUUCAAAGUAUCUUCCUGUUCAUGUGUCCACCUCGCAGAAGAUCAUUAUUCUCUCGGUGUCAGCCGGAGUAGCUUUGUUGGGAGCCCUUGCGGCUUACCUUGGUCGCCGGAGAACUCCACUGCCCCAGCAGCGUCGAAUACGGAAACCCUGCAACAGAAGAACGCGUAACAGCGUUCGCAGCCCGAACGAUAUCAUGUCCGUGGCAGGUUCUAAGGUUUCCGCCCGGUCGUACAGUCCUAGUGGAUCGGUCCACGCUAUCUCCGAUCGGAUGUCACUCGCUUCCGGUUCGCUGGUAGCCGCUGGAGGUGCCGGCGGUGCAAUGGGCACGCUGACUAUUCUUGGGAACACUACGCCUCUUACACCGCAACAACUCGGAGUGAUGGGCAUGGAGGCGCUAGAGAACGUCGUCAGCUACUGGGAGGAUGCUUUGGCCGGACGAAACGAUAUGGACAUUCCCGGCCGUGCGUCGAAUGCCGAUGAGGAUGAAUUUUGUCGCGAACUGCAAAACCUACUCGAUGCGGCGUACAACCUACAGGAACAAGGCGAGCUACUGUUCCUGGACGAACGAUCCGUGCUGUACCGGGACGAUGAACGGAAAGCUAUCACAAGCGGCGGCGAGCACGGUUUAACGAACGGUCACCGGUCCGGGUCGGAUCCAAACUUUGAUUCGGCCGAAAGUUUUGCAUCCGCACUGGAUCAGGUGGCCGAUUUGCGUGAGUUCGAUGACACGGAAUCGUUUAUGGAUAUGGAACGAUACCCGCUGUACUCGAGCGCACUGGAAACGAUGGACGAGCAGCAGAUACCGUAUCGAACGUUGCGGACCGAUAUGGUCAACUGUGCGUCCGAUACGGAGUACCUGGCGAAGCUGCACUGCAUACGAUUAGCUUUUAAAUUACUGUUUAAGGAUCCCAAAAAUAGCCGCUGGGUGGCCGAUACCGGAAGACAGAUCCUGACGGAUCUGCUCUGUCUCGGGGACAAGGAUCCAAAAGAUUUUCUCGUCGCGUACGAAUCGAUGCUGGAAUUUCUCCAAAACCCAAACAACUGGAUCGACAUCGAGCUCGAGCUGGAAUCGCGCAACGUGAAAGCCAUGACGUUCUACGACGUCGUGCUCGACUUUAUCAUACUGGAUGCGUUCCGUGAUUUGGACGCACCGCCAAACAGCGUCCUUGCCGUCAUAAACAAUCGCUUCCUGUCGAACGGCUUCAAAGAGUCCGCCCUAGCGACUGCCGUCUGGUCGGUGCUGAAGGCAAAAAAGCGAAUGCUCAAGUUCCCGAACGGCUUUAUGUCGCACUUCUACUGCAUCACCGAGCAGCUCUCACCGCUGAUGGUGUGGGGUUUCUUCGGACCGAACGAAAACCUUAAAGAGGUGUGCCAGUACUUCAAGGACGAAACCAUUGGCUUCCUGUGCGACAUCUACAGCUUCCAGAAGUGUCGCUACACCACCGUCGAGGAGCUGGCAGAAGAUAUUCUCGAAAAUAUGCGCAAACGAGUUAACAACAUAGGCGUCAAGUUCAAUCAGUAAAUUCACGGUCCAGGUUUUUUGGGUUUUUGGGUGUGGGUGGUACAAUCACUCUUGUAGAUUGUAUUUUAUCCUGGUGUUUCGUUGAUUCUAAUUUAUUCCAUUUACGAACGGAUGAAGCGUAACGAUAAGUGAGGAACAUAUUUCAUCGGUGUGUGAAAAUCACCUUAAAUUCUAAAGAAAAUCCGCGCGCUUGUAAUACGUAAGCGUUAGGGCACCAAUUGUGGUAAGGGGAAGCAAACAAGCGGGUAGUUUAGUACGACAAAAUAUAAAUAAGGCACCAUUGUUUGUGCAAGAAUAGAAUCAUGUUUGCCUAUUCGAAGGAAUCUUGUGCCCGGCACCCGGUUUUGUUCAAUACCACGUAGAAUUUGGGAGGCUAUAAAAGCGUAGGAAAAUAGCUUUAAUAAAGUGAGAAAUAAUUUGCUCAUUAAAAA